UUGGCCUAUGUGAAAAAACGUAAGAAUGGCAUUAUGUUCUGAUUCAUGUUGAUUAGAACAGCGGGGAUUUGUUUUCCACGAAAAUAUGCUUAAAACGUGGCAUGUAAUGGAAAAAUGUUGCAGAGAGGAAGACACUUUAGUCGCAUUGUGAAUUAUAAAAACGAAUGUACGUUGGUUACUAAAUAAAUACAUUAAAAAAAAUUAAAAAAUAAAACAUUGUUUACUGCAAGUCUGGUUACUACUGUACCACACUGCGUGGGACCUCACAUCUAAAUUACCUGGAACUUCCGCUUCAUUAUUAGACUGGAGUUCUUCUCAGGUACUGCGAGAGCGUCGGUACAGUGGUCGUCUCACAAGUCUCAGGAAAUACAGUGUUUCACGCUGCAGCUUUUACAUUGCUCUUUAUAUCAAAAAGGCGUGGACGUCGGCAUACUUAGUUCCAUGGCCAGUUUAACACACUUUGAGGAGCGUGUUUCUUUUGAGUACCUGUCAUCAGCUAUCUAGCAGGAUUGUGGAAAUAAAAGGGAAAUACGUAACCAAUACAACCAGUGAGUGGCAAAGCCAUGAGUUUAUACCAGGCCUUCUUAACACAUGUGUCCUUACAGUCAAAAUAUCCAGUUCAAGACACAGGCACACCAAAAGAUGCCUUAGAUGAAGUUACACUGCAAUUAGCUUCGGUUAACCUAAUAUCCCAGCCGGGCAGAAUAAGACAGCCUGAAGACAGUGAGAGCCAGUACAUUUACACUGGACAUAUAUCAACAGAAGAUAGCCCAUGUGAGAAAUGCUGCUGCUCAUCUUUGCCCUCCACCCCUCCUCCUAUGAUCAGUGACUUAAUGAACGAUGAAGACUUGCUGUACAAGCUGCAGCUAAAGCUGGACACCCACCACCCCACCGUCAAAAACUGGAGGAACUUUGCCAGCAAGUGGGGCAUGAGCUAUGACGAGCUGUGCUUCCUGGAGCACCGGCCACAGCAGAGCCCCACCCUGGAGUUCUUGUUGCGGAACAGCGAGAAGACAGUGGAGCAGCUGAUAGACCUCUGCAAGCUCUACAGGAGGAUUGACGUCCUUAAGGUGCUGCAGCUCUGGGUUGAAAAAGACUGGCCGAAGAGAUGGCACCAAACCUAUUAGCUAGAUAGAAGCUCAUCCUUGUUUGUGAUCUAUAGACUGCUUCAUGUCAAUUGUUGGCGUCUUGCUUGGUUUUUUUGUUUGUUUGUUUGUUUUUUAGUCCCAAACUUUAAAAAUAGAAUUUCUACUUUUUAAUAUUUGCAGGGAGGGGGGUUCUGGACAGAUAUUUCCCAUCUGCACUUAUUAAAGUGUAUGAAACCAUUGGUCUUGCUAUUCAAUGCCUGUACUAAAUUUUACGAUAUUUAAGUUUUUUUUUUUUUCAUGUUGAUUAAACCAGUAGUGUUACUGGGCUCAGCUUCCAAUGGGGGUAAUAAAAACAAGCCAAGGAUGGUAGUUUCUAUGGUACAGGAAUGUAGGCUGCUGUGCUACAGUAGUUGAACUUGCUAGUAUUUUUCCAGCAUUUGGUUAGUUUAGUGCUACCUUUUCUGAUUUGGGCCAAGCUGUAAGACACAGUCAGGGACUGUUAUCUGAAAGCAGUACCCGGGACAUGUAUUCAAUUGCCUUUUUACAUAUACCGUGUGGUAUAUAAUUUCAAACGUUUGUAAAGACAGGAAGUCAUUGAUGAGACUACACUGCACCUUGUCUUUUUAUAGUGAUGUGGAUGAAAAUGUGAGCUUUAAUGAAGGGGUGCACAGGAUCAGACUGUGACACAGAGUGACUGUGAAAGAACCAAUAGCUGCUCUUGUCCUUUCUCUGCCUGCAGCUGUAAGUACUAGGCAUUGAAGUUUAAAGCGAGCUACAGUAGGGUAAAGGGGGAAAAAAUGUUUAUGAAAAUGAAUGUACAGUAAUGCAAAAAUAUAAAUAUAUUUUAAGUAGGGGAUUUUAGCAUUACUUUUAAUGAUUGUAAACUUUUCCGGUUUUUGCUAGCUUUGCGUCUAAUUUCUCUUUGCAGUUAAAUUUUGCAUUUACCACUAAAUGGUGCUUCCUUGAAAUGCACCCUUCUCCUCAUUCAGUGCAUGCAGGUUCACAACUCUACAGUUCUGAGUUUAAUUAAGUAUUCUCUCACAACCACAUGGCACCGUGGAUAUCAUACCUACACGUACAACUUAGUGUUUGUGUGUGAUUCUUACACUCACUCAUGCCUAAGCUGGUCUUUUUCCUGCCUGACCAUCGUGCAGUAUGCUGUAAUUUUCAUUAAGAACAUGGAUGGAAAAAAUUUACAAAAAAAUAAUGACUCUGAGCAAGCCAGUGGAUCAGCAAUUAUACAAUGAAGAGCUGCCUUUCCUGCAUCGAGCUGCCUGACAUACACACACCACAUCUUCCAAGUAAACAACAUCAACAUCUGAAUAAUGCAUUAGUGGAAACCGUUGUCGACUUUAUUUCGUUUUAAGUUUUACAUCCAUAGCAACACAGUACCGGGGCCAGCCUGAUAUUGUGUGAUGGGUUGACAAGAACACAUUUCUGCUGAUGCCUUCAUCCAUGUACAGUGUAUACCUCAUUUUAUUUUCGGUAAAUUAAAUAUGCAGAAAAAAUGUUUAAAUGUUUAUCUUUGCUGUGUAUAAUUCUUGAGAUGGCUUAAGACAUGGUUACCAAGACUAGACUCAUCUUAAGACUGGUGCUUUAGACUUAAGACAGAGGGAAGGAAACCCUUCUUCGCACAGAGUGGUGAGGGUGAGUGGUGGAAUGGGCUACCCAGUCAUGCUGUUGAGGCACAAUCACUUGGAUCCUUUUAAGAACUAACUUGACAAAUCAGCUACUAGGAACUAGACAAGCUUAGAUAGGCCAAAUGGCCUCUCAUUUGUACAUUUUCUUAUGUUCUUUAUAGAGCCCCUCUCUCCCAACCCACAACCCCUUGCUUUAAUUUCACAAAAAGGUGCUUAUUUAAAUUAGAGAUGAAUUUGUGAUGCUUUAGAAGAAACUGCUGAAGUUAAAUAGCACUACCUUUUUUUUCAAGGCAUGACUCCAUUAGAGUUCCCAGGGUUUCAAGACAAGGCAGAGGAUCAUUUGUUUUGUGCAGCCGUAUUACAGAUCUGGCAGAACAUCACUUUAAAUUCAUCCACACAUGCUGUGGCUUGUCUAGAUGAAGUAGAAUGCAAGAUUUUCUACAGGCACAGAACAAGCCGUGGGGAACACAAGGUUGCAGUGAAAGAAAUUGAGUGUUAACAUCACCUAGUGAUACCAUGCUGUCUGUAUGAGUAAGCUGAGGCCUCAAACACACAUUUUUAUAACAGCCCUUAGUUAAUUAACCAUGUGAUAUUCACAUAUAGGCCUCAACAGCACACCCAAUAGCAACAUUUCAUAAUUAUUUCAUAAUUGUGUUCCCAUGCUGUGUUCUGUGCCUGUACCAACAUGUAGGGACUUUAUGCCACUGCCAACCCUGUAUUAACCCUAGGCUGGACCAAUGUAAGUAAAAAUAAAAAAUAUAGGCCUGUCUUAUUUAAUUCCUAAAAGUCCUCACUUCCCCAACCCUCAUAAAUAAGAGAAGGAUAUUAUUGUAAACUUGUUAUUGUAUCUUGGUGAAUCAAACCUGCAUCAGUACUUCUAAAUGUGGUUGAAUGUACUUGUUAAGAAACCUUUCAUGAGCAUGACAUUAAUUCAAAAAUGUAAUAUUUAGUAAUUUGGGGCUAUAAACUUCAAUGUGUAUUGUUCUUAUCCUCAUACUUUUUCUUCACUCACUCAUUGUGCCAGAGAUGAAGAUGUUUAGUGUUUUGAAAAUGGGAUAAUCUUAUAAUAUUUUCACUCUGGUGUCAGUUUCAGACAGAAAGAAAACAAACCAGUAAAGGAUUUUGACCAAAGGAUUCCUGUCAUUUUAUGUUGUGUUUUUUUUUUUUUUUUUUUUUUUGUGGUUAUGGGCCUAUAUUUCUUCUAAUUCCUGUAGGGAUAUUGAUAGUAUACAAAAAAAAAACAUAUGUUUUAAAAGCCUUUUUUACAAUGCUACAAACUCUGAUGAGCCGAUUGUAAUCUGUUUUAUGCAUGAAUGUACUUUAAAAUACACUGCCCUGUAAAUGUUUGCUGAGUGCUAAUCAUUUCAUGACUGGCUUGUGAAAAAAAAAAAAAAAAAGAUUAUUUAAUCUGUCCUUAAGCCGAUUCCUGUAACUACAGGUCUUGUAUAAUCAUGUUUUGGAUGAUUAUUAAUUACCAUGCCUGAAAUGUGUAAAUACUUUGGUAAUGGAAGAUAAUUGGUAAGAUAUACAUGUCACAGAAUACACUCAUAUAAAUCUCCUCUGCAUG